AUGUUGACAAAUGAUUUUUUUUUGGGUUUUAUAAUAUCUUGGCAGACGAUAUGUGGUAAAGCUUGCUUUCUGAGUACCACACAUUAUUUUUUGAAAGCGUACCAAAGUUGUCCAAUUGAGGAGUGCACUCAAUGGUUUUCUAGAACGAAAGAUUACGAAUAUCUAGUUGAAUCUUCAUCUGAACGCUACUGUCAAGUUUUACAAACAUAUAUCAAGUGUCUGAAUGACAGUAUUCCUUUCUGUCGAGGGCAUUUGAAGUUUCAUUCAAUUGAAUACCUUAUGAAAAAGCAGUGGAAUGAGCUGAACUGCUCUAAAGUUCAGCUUCAAUCUGCAGCAGAGAGCUAUCAUAACAGAUGUCAUUUUUUACCCGCACCAGCGCAGAGAAACAUUCGUUAUUGCUCCGUGUACGGUCAACUACAUGUCCGUAAAUUUGAUGGCUUCUGGAGCUCUUGCACCAAUCCUGGCGCUUUGGCAGUCACUGACAAUCGGUAUUUUAUUGUUCAAAUCACGGACUCUCGUUCCAACAAUCAACAAUAUCUCUCCCAUAUAACUCAGGUAACAGUCAUUCUGCGGCCUCAUAACUGCACAUUAUCAAAGCAAUUAACUUACUCAACCUCAUUGGAGGAUACUAAUCUUCCAAUUUCUUUUAUGAGCGGAGUUACAUCUGUCAACGUGGAUGGAAACCGUAGAGCUAUAGAAGUUUUACGCCAAUCAGUAGAUUAUAUCGAGUUAAACUUGAGAUAUAUUGAUUCUUCUAUUCAUAUAAGGAGAAGAGGAAAUUAUAUGAGUGUAUCUGUUCGUUCACCACAGUUUGUAUUGCAAUCGUCUUCGUCUACUUCUUCACAACUUUGCUUAUCUGGAUGUCAUCCAAGCUUUGUAAGCCCAUUGAAAUCAAUGAUUUCCAUGCCUGAAGAGUUUAGUACUUGUCAAGAAAUCCCAUUGAAGAUUUCAAAAUCUGCAGCUUUAGAACGAUGUCAAAGAAAAAACUUGACAGAUUCAUUCUUAGAUACUUGUAUAUAUGAUGUUUUGUUGACAGAUAACGAAGACAUUUUAUCGCUUACAUAUGAUGUUCAGCAAGAUUUUAAAAGAGUUUUCCCACUUCAUUAUCAUUACACAACCGGGCGACAGCAUAUUCUUCACGAGAAUUAUACUGAAAACUUUGGAGGCAAUUGUAUUCUAUUACAGAAAAGUUCCUGUACUUUGCAAAUUUCACUUUUUUUACUCAUAUUCUUUUAUCAUAUCUCGAUCUCAUGA